AUGGCACAAGGAUGGUUUUCGAUGGGCGGGGGGAGUAGCGGUGGAGAUCAGCAGCCGGAGCCGCUGCAAAAGAGCUCAUCUUUGCUCGCGGAUUGGAAUUCUUACGCAGCUGCGAGAGAUGUCGAGGAAGGUGGAGGAAGCUUCGGUUUUGAUAUCGAAUCCGCCGUUAGAUCUGCAAACGACACUGUUUCCGGCACCUUCAGUGUGGUUUCCAAGGGAGUUAGAGAUAUUCCGGGGAACUUGCAGUCAGCAACCAGCAGCAUGCCUUCAGGGAAAGCUCUGAUGUAUUUCGGUUUACUUUUGGCGAGUGGUGUGUUCUUCAUCUUCAUUGCCUUCACAAUGUUUCUUCCAGUCAUGGUGAUUAUGCCACAGAAAUUUGCCAUAUGUUUCACCCUUGGAUGUGGAUUUAUCAUUGGAUCUUUCUUCGCACUUCGUGGCCCUCAAAACCAGCUCACACACAUGUCAUCUAGGGAGAGGCUUCCUUUAACCAUAGGUUUCAUGGCCACCAUGGUUGGUACCAUAUACGUAUCGAUGGUCCUCCACAGCUACGUUCUCUCUGUGCUCUUUUCUGUGUUACAGGUUCUUGCGUUGGUUUAUUACUGUAUAUCAUACUUCCCUGGUGGAUCAUCCGGGAUGAAGUUCCUCAGUUCUGCUCUUACCUCAUCUGUGCUAAGAGUUUUCGGGAGAUGA